AUGAAUUCCUCCCUGGAUCUGCUGAACCAAAGCUCCACUGACUCGUCCUCCUCUCCUGCUCCCUUCUGCUUACUUGAGAUAAGCUAUUCCCAAAUUUUCACCACCUGCCUCCUUGAAGUAUCAGUCAUACUUCUCCUGACUGUUCUUAUUAUUUGUGGUAACUUGAUGGUGAUUUUUGUGUUUCACUGUGCCCCAUUGCUUAGUCAGCACACCACCAGUGCAUUCAUCCAGACUAUGGCAUAUGCAGAUCUGCUGGUGGGGGUCAGCUGUUUGUUCCCCUCACUGUCGCUGCUCCAUCAUCUGGAGGAUCUGGAUCCCAAGCUCACCUGCCAGGUGUUUGGCUACAUGGUGUCUGUUUUAAAGUCUGUUUCAAUGGCGUCUCUGGCGUGUGUGAGUGUAGAUCGCUACAUUGCCAUCACACGACCCUUGACAUAUUCCUCACUAGUGACGCCUUGUCGAGUGCGCUGCUGUAUUGCGCUUAUCUGGUUCUACUCGGCACUGGUGUUCCUCCCCUCUUUUUUUGGAUGGGGCAAACCUGGCUAUCAUGGCGAUGUGGUGGAGUGGUGUGCAGUGGAGUGGAGGACUAGUCCAUCUUUCACGUCCUUCAUUGUUGCACUGCUCUACGCCCCAGCCGCUCUCACCGUCUGCUUCACCUACGCCAACAUCUUCAAGAUCUGCCGACAGCACACCCGUGAGAUCAGUGAGCGUCGUGCACGUUAUCGACCCCAAGAGCAGCAAGGCCCAGGAACGGCAGCAGGAUCUGUAGUCAAGGACACAAGCAAAGUGGAACAAGGACAGCGUCCCCACUCGUCCCACACGCACAAGCCCCAGUACCAACAAUUUCAUUAUCAACAGUCCACGUCAACAUACCCAGACAAGCGAUAUGCUAUGGUUUUGUUUCGCAUCACUAGUGUGUUUUACAUCCUCUGGUUGCCCUACAUUUUGUACUUUCUGCUAGAGAGCGGAGGGUUAUACCACCACCCUGCAGCCUCGUUUUUUACCACAUGGUUGGCAAUCAGCAACAGCUUUUGCAACUGUCUCAUUUACAGCCUCUCCAACUCUGCUUUCAGGAAGGGUUUGAAACGCCUCUGCUCCUUCUGUUUACAGCGCAGUGGUGGUGGCUUCGGAACGAGGAACAUCAAGAAGCCUUUUGUCGGUUCUGUGGAAAAGGGUUGUGAUGGGCAGGGCUAUGGAUAUGGCCACAGGGAAAUGGGAGCUGGUACAACAUGUCAUGUGUAG